AUGGCAGUAAUUGUCGCUUUCUGCAUCAGCAACUCGGGGCUUUCACAAGCGGAGGUGGACGCUUCAGCGGCGCACGAUGGACGGAGAUGCAAGAUGGCGGCGGACGAGGCAGCGGACAAUAUACAUAUUACCAGGAGAGGCACCUGCACGUCUCAGCCAGUGCCUUCCGCACCCCUUAACGACGCCGACUCGGACAAUCAAAGGCCUUCCUUCAAUUUUCGUUUCAUGUCUUGGAAUAUCCUAGCGGAUGAGCUGGCCCAGUCCCACGCCGCGGAGCUGUACCCCCAGGCCCACCACACCUGUCUGGACUGGUCUCGGAGGCUGGCAGCGGUAGUGAGCCACGUGGAGACACACAGACCCGAUGUGUUGUGUCUGCAGGAGGUGGAUGACUGGCCGCGGCUGCGUCAGGCGCUGGGAGCUGUGGGGUACGACGGUGUGCACCUGCAGCGCACUGGCGGCCGGGGGGAUGGAUGCGCCACCAUGUGGCUGCGAGGCCGACUGCGUCUAGCGAGAACGAGAUCUGGAUCUGGUGGCACCGGCAGUGGCGUGCACCGGCAGCAGCAACGAGAACGGGAACCCGGAAGCGGACACGCCGGCCUCAGGCUCCCCCGGCACCUCCGUCGCGGCUUCUGGGUGGCCAACACCCACGUGCUGUUCAACACUAAACGUGGCGACAUCAAGCUGGGACAGCUGCGGGUCAUUCUCAGCGAGCUGGCGGCUAGGGCCAUACAGCAGGAAGAGGAUGGCGCGGGGGAGAAGGGCGGGAUGGGGGCUGCGGAGGCGACGAGGGCACCAGGGAUGCAGGAUGGGUGCCCGACUCCAGGGGCGGCGGCGGGGACAGCAGCGAGGCCCGCAGAGGGGCCAGCGGCCAUGCCGGUGCUUUUCGCGGGGGAUUUCAACGCGGCGCCGGGCAGCGGGCUCUACCGCUUCCUGCGGUACGGCGCUGUACGACUGGCUGAGGAGGACCGCCGGGAGCUGUCUGGUCAGGUGGAGGGGUACGGGUACACGCAGCUGCAGCAGGACGCGAGGGCGGGGAGGGCCCUAAUGCUGACCAGGUGGGGCCCCGGACCCGAGCUCCGAGACCAGCACAACGCUUCCGGGCCCGGAGCUGCAACCACUACCACCACCACCACCACAACAACAAUAACAACAACAGCGACUAUUACCGCCGCCAGUAGCACCCAGGCGUGGCGGCAGAUGCGUCAGGGUCGGCAGCAGUCUGCCGGCUGGCAGCAACCUGUGGCGCCUGAUCGUCGUUCGUACAGUGUACGGUGGGAUGAGGAGGAGCUGGUUCACGCGAUGGGCCGGGCGGCUGUGCUGCAAGCGGUCGCUGCGCUCCAGGGUAACGGAGAAGCGGCCCGCAGUGGUUGCGAAGGCGAAGCUACUGCCGCCGCCGGUGCACGUGGUCGGGUUCCGCCGCCCAGUGGUGGCGAUUACCGCAGCAGUAGCGGUAACCUGUUCCGAAGCGCGUCUGGAGGGUAUGGGCAGCGCCGUGGAGGGGGGUGGGACGCGCUUUGUCGGGAUCAGUGGCAUGCGGUGACGGAAGCCGCUGUCGUACGGCAUCCCUUGCAGCUUCGGAGCGCCUAUGCAGCAGUAGACGAGCAGGAGCGGGAGCCGAUCUUUACGACGCUUCACGCGCGGUAUGUCGGUACGGUGGAUUUUGUGUGGUACACUCCGGGCGACCCGGAUUUCGGCGGCGCAGCUGCGCGCGGAGAGGCGGAGGCCCCGGGGGCGCCAGGGGUGGGAGGAAGCGCUGGUGGCGCCGCCGCCAGCAGCUCCGGCAAUGGUCGCAUUGAUGCAAAUGCUUUUAGUGGUCAUGGCACUGGUACCAGGGGCUUCAGCUUGAAGCCAGUGCGAGUGCUGCAACCGCCGGAUCCGCUGUCGUACCCGUACGGCAUGCCAUGCACGGACUGGCCGUCGGACCAUGUAUCAUUAGCCGUGGACUUCCGACUUACUUAA